AUGGAAACCGGCAUCGAGGAUAUAGAGGGCUUAGUCUGCGAUCUGAACAUUGCUGACGACGCACCUCAAGAUUGUGGACAGGAACCCCUCCGCUCAACAUGCAGCCAUCCAGUCUCCCUUCAGAACGCCAUCCACAUGCUUAUUCAAUCUACCAAAACUAUUACCUCACAAGCCCAAUCUGUCAAAUCACUAGCUGAUGAUGCGAAUUCCUCCGGUAACCUGCCUAUCACGGAGGUAUGCUCGCUCCGUGAGGGAAUCAAAAAGCUUAGAAACAUCACUUUCAAUCUUCAAACCACUAUCGAUGCGCUUAAUGAAGCGACGGAACGCUCUGUUAUCAUACGUCUCAGGUCGCUUGGAAGCCAGAGCGCAACCAUUGUUUACAAAAUCUUAUCACAUUUCGACAAACAGAUUAAAGACAUUGUCCGGCAAGUUCUCAAUAAUACCAGCGAUCGGGAGGUGUUGUGGAAGGUGGCUGAGGAGUGCUAUAACCAAGUCACUAGCCCUUCUGGAAACCUCAACGCCGAUGACUACUUUGUUCCACUCGAAGAAGCCUGUCCGGAAUGGCCAUAUGACCCCGAUUUUGAGAGCGAAGAAUACUACGAGCAUGAGAAUCGCCUUGACGUGGACGAAGAUUACGCUGCAGCUUUUCAAGAACAAACGGAGCACAGAUCCGAGGCCCGCAGGAGGGACAGGCAGAGUUGGCCUGAAUUUUGGAUCAGGGUGUUGAACAAUUCACCUGCUGGGCCAACACUGUUCUACCCACCAGCAAGCUUUGAUACCCAAUCUUUGAACUUCGAUGCUGUCCCACAGUACUUGUUUCGGACAUUCGAUGAGGCCAGCUCAGGGAGAAAUGACGAGAGCGUAAUAGCAUCUCUAGCGAGCAUUACUGGUUCACAUGAAAGCAGCCGAACCGAUAUCCUGACAUUGGAAAGGCAUAAAGCAGCAGGGUUGCUACAUAUGCAUCUGAACAAAUCGUGCUUUACCGGAGAGGCGUCUGAUAACCUUAUGUCCUGGACAAGCUCCCUACUCUUCGCUAUACAGUACGCGUUUUGGAGGCUCAGGUUCGGCCCAUGCCGCCGGUCUGACAUCAAGAUUUGCGCGGUUGACACUAAGAACUUUCCACAAGGACAAUUCGCCCAAGAUAUCUGGUUACUCAAAGCGUAUCAUGCAACUGCCAGACGGUUGGGCGAUCCAAUGCGACGUUUUUUUGACUUUCGUCUCGAGAAUGAAGAUUUUUAUAAUGGCGAAUACCUUUCUCAAGGAGCAGUGAACCAUACAGAUCGAUCCUGUGUAGUCUCUCUGGAGCACUUAAUACAGGCCGGACUCUUUGAACUAUAUCCCGAGUUUAGGGACGCCAGUGGUAGUGAGAAAUGGACUAGACGAGUAUUGGAACUGCGUCAGAACUGGUCAGCGGAGCAAGGAACGACUGAUCGGGAGAUUCAGCUUGCGCUCGGAGUGGGGAGCAGCUGCUUCACUCGAUUCGAGCCAUCCGAUAUAGCUUCAAUCCUCCUGACUUUCAAAAAUCGCAAAUGCCCAAGGCUAAACCCUACAAACCAGUUCAACAAACAGCGGCCAAAAUGGGCAGACAAGCCAGACGAAGUCCGUCGAUACUGGAUUGCUACUGAAGCAGUCAACUCCUACAACAGACUUCCCCACGCAUGGAUCAAUUACAAGACGCUACGAGAGAUCUUUGAUUGA